AUAACGAGGCUCCUUCUUCUUCUUCUUCUUCUUCUUCUUCUUCUCUUUCUCUUGUCCUCUCGUAAAAUUCUAGGGCAAACUUUUUGGUAAAUUAUCCUUCUAAUUAGAUAAUUAUAUUAUGCUUUUUGAAUAGCGUUGUCAGGUUGCUUGCUGAACACGGUCGAGCUCGUACCACAAUAUUGAUUUCAUCUUCUGCGGGGGACUUUUUUAGGAGCUUGUUUCAAUGGCAGCUGAUCAGUGGAGAAAACGAUUGAAUAGUGCCGGUGUUGUUGGUUUCCAUGGAAGGGAGCAGUAUAGAGCGAAACGGAAGAAUACAGGGUUACCCCAAUAUGAUCCGAAUAUGAAGUCCCAUAUUUCUCUUGAGUGGGAUGGAAAUCAGAAAAGAGUCGUUGCCAGAAGGGAUCAAAUCAGCAUAAGUCGGAGAGACAUGUGGCCAUUUAUGCGCUCCUCUCCUUCUGUCAACAAUCCAAUAGCUGACGUUUUUUCUGUUCCUCAGGAGAUUUACACGUUGGAGAAUCUUAACGAUGUGCUCUCGUAUGAGGUCUGGGAGACAUACCUAUCUGAAAGUGAGAGAAACCAUCUUAUGCAGUUUCUUCCUAGGGGUCCAGAGGCUGAGGAAGUCUUGGAAGCAUUGCUAGCGGGCGAUAAUUUUCAUUUUGGAAGCCCUUUUCUCAACUGGAGUGCUUCACUUUGCGCAGGCGAUCUUCACCCUGAUGCAAUUUUUCAGAAAGAACAGUGUUUAAAGACUGAAAAGAAAGCAUAUAAUGCAGAGCUGCAUAAAUAUCAUAAUAAUAUGAUUGGAUACUUACUGAAGCUGAAGGAGAGAUUUGAAAACUGUAAAGAUCCGGAAAAGGAAAUUGUGCAGAAGAUAUGGAGGUCAAGGAAUGAUACGGACAAAAGAAUUUCCUCAUCUGCAAAUGAUUCCAGAUUUUGCGUUCCUGAGGACAAUAUCGCAGCUUCAUCUGAAUCUUGCUCUUGGGUUGCUGAUGAGAAAGCAUGUAGCAGUGACAACCAGAAUUCUUCGAUGCUUAAAGGUGGAGAACUUCAGAAUAGGAAACGUGAGAAAGGUUCUCUAAAGGGCAAGAGUGGAAACCCAUCAGUUGUUUCAGAUGAUGUGCUCAAUGUAGGACUAAAAUCGAGAAAAGGAGACAAACGGCACCUGCAAAAUAUCACUUGUAGUGAUGGUGCUAAAUAUAUGUCAUAUUUUAAGGUUAGCAAGAAGCAGCAUGAUAUUGUUAAGAAUAUGAAGGGCAAAAGCAUCCAAUCGAAGUCUCUUAACCGAGUUUUAGGGAACAUCGAAAGUAUUAAUGUACAACCAUACGAGUUAUUUAUCAAAGAAGAACAGAAGAAGUUGCGUGAAUACUGGAUACAUUUGGCAAACAAAGCUCUUCCAGCAGCAUAUGCAAAUUGGAGAGACUUGCAUUCUCAAAGACAGCAAAUGAGAGAGUCUUUGGAGCAGGAGUUGAAUGAAAAAUUGAAGAUGACGACAGAGGUCAAGGAUGAUGAGGACAGUGAGAGCGAUAAAUCCAUUCAUCAAGAUCAUAUUGAAGAUGGAGUUAAAGACAACACUCUCACACUCGUUGAUGAUGAGAAGUCUAUAUCUGACUCCCCAGGUAGAGAGUCUCAGCAGCACCUGCAAUCUGAUGAAGAGUUUGACGGCAUGGAUGUAGAUACUGGAAAAUGUAUUAUCACGGAAUCAGAUCACGGUACUUUGAAUGCACCUGAGUAUUCAGGAGAUGCGAACACUGCUGAUGUUGCCAUCAGUCAGGGAGUAGACCUAUCUUGUAGCGGUGAUGUCUGGCCUGCAGGUAACAUCUCACAUUCGUAUUAUGACUCUGCCGCAAGCCAUGAAUACACAUCUGAUGAUGGGCUGUCAAUUGCGCAUCCGAAAGCAAAUGAGGAGCAACAAACGCACUUAAUUGACCUGGAAUCCAACUUGCAAGUUGAAGAUGCUGAAAAAGAUAUAGUGCAUAGACAACCGGAGGAUACUUCAUUCAGACGAUCGGAUGAUGGUUCCUUUGGUUCUUACUCUGACCAAGAUCGAAAUGAGUUGUUUCAAUCUCUUUUUAAGGGCCAGGGAAUGAUGUAUCAUCACGAGCAGAAACAAACUACGUUGGAUUUCCAGUCACCGAACGAUAUGCUCAUCGAAGAGGGGAGGUUUCAUGGGCAUUUCCAGGAGCAAUCACAUCCGUCACUGCCAAUGGAGCAGGGACAGAAAAGAGAGAAUGAUGUUUAUCUGCAACAACGUGUAUCGGAGAACAUUUACUCUGAUGGUGGUAGAUUCUUAAUUCCGAGGCAGGAGACCUUGGCGCCUGUUGACGCGCCAGAUUGGGUCGUUAAUAGUGUCCCGAUGGCACCACCACCUAUCCAACCUCAUUUAAAUGGAGACAUGCAAAACUGGUUCUCCAGUGAACAUCAAGUUCGUGGUGGAUGGGUUGGGUCAGGUGGUGCUAGUGUCCCCAGUCGGAGCAUUGGGAGUAGAAAUGGCGGAGAUCAGAGCUUAUACAGUGUUCUAUCACAGUGUAACCAAUUACGUGCAAGCAGCCCUUACCAGUCAGCGGCCUCUACAGAGCAAUUCAUUUCAUCAAGGAACUAUGGGAUGAUGGGUGGGGGAGCUACCCCCAGUAUCAGCAAUGUUCUUCCGCAACCGACUCAUUCACUUGACUAUAUGAGCGGGCGUGAAGCAGCCCCUUCAUUGAUGCCUGUCCCAGAUGACAUGGGAUGGAUGGGGUUGCCACAUCAGAACUCAGGUUUACGUGAUCCGAUGGGGAAACCAUACUUGAGACCAUGGAACCAAUGAAGAUGGUUUCUUUCAAAGACGUAAAAAGAAACAAUAUUUGGGGUGAGGUUUUCAUUUAUGAACUUGGUCCAAAGACGGCAGAAAGAUUUUAAAGGAAGCACUAUUAUGAAUUUUAAUGUAAGAGUGAGUUUAGGGAGUUGAUAAUGAUAGGAAGAAGAAAGAUUUUGAGGUAGUUGGAGACGUAAAAAAACAGCUGGAAAUACAGAGCGGGAGAUAGGUUUUUGUACAUACCUAUACAUAAGCAUGAGCAUGAGCAUGAGCCUGAGCCAAGUGGGAAGUGACAUAUUGUAUGUUGUAUAUAUAUUUAUCUAGACUAGACUAGACUAGACUUAGAUGGUUAGCUCUUUAUUUGUUAGGUUUUGUUUAGAUUUUGAUUUGAUCAAUCUCAAAUUUUUGUUCUCUGUUUCUCUGUUAUUUUUGAGAAAUUCUCUUUUUCUUGUAGAGCUUUGGAGGCUAUAAGUUGUUGCACGCACAGGCAAAUGCAUUUUUAUCCCAUUCCAUUAAAAUGCCUUUUGAAUGCCAUUUCUCUAUUUAAGAUGGCAAC